AGUAGGUGGCAGUAAUGCUCCCUAUGCCGAAGUGGGUCGCUAUUGAUCAACAAGACGACGAAGAAGAAGUGUUUACGUCAACUGAGCCGUGUCACUAAGGCGAUAGAUAAAAGAAAGCUCCAAACAUUUAUGUGACGUUUGUUUAAAAAAAUGUAGUGGGGGAAAAAACCGACGUUUAGAAUUAGUCAAGUAUGAAUGAAUGAAUGAAUGAAUGAAUGUCUUUCGCUAGAAAGCUCUCACUAUCAUGUAUGUGUGCUAGAAAUUGAAGCCGGAUGCUAACUUUGUUUGUAGUAAACAGAAGAGACCGCACUAGUUGCAAAUCUAAUCGAUCAGAUUUUGUAGAUAGUUAAUAACAUCGGACUGAACAUGGACACGAAUGUACAGAAAAGGAGGGAAAAUAAAAAAUCGUUGCGGAUUAAGGUUAUCAGCCUCGGGAAUGCAGAGGUUGGUAAGAGUUGCAUCAUUAAACGAUACUGUGAGAAACGAUUUGUACCCAAGUAUCUGGCCACAAUUGGGAUUGAUUAUGGUGUGACAAAGGUUCAAGUACGGGACAGGGAGAUAAAAGUAAACAUUUUUGACAUGGCAGGACAUCCCUUCUUUUAUGAGGUCCGCAAUGAAUUCUAUAAGGACUCGCAGGGUGUGAUUCUGGUGUAUGAUGUAGGACUUAGAGAGAGCUUUGAUGCCCUGGACAGCUGGCUCACAGAGAUGAAGCAAGAGAUGGGCUCACAAGCCAAUAUGGAGAGCAUUAUUUUUGUCGUGUGUGCCAACAAGGUCGACUUGACUAAAAGGCGAGUGGUAGACGAGAGUGAAGGCAGAUUGUGGGCAGAGAGCCGAGGUUUUCAGUAUUUUGAGACAUCUGCUCAGAGUGGCGAAGGCAUCAGUGAAAUGUUUCAGGCCUUUUUUUCCUCGAUUACUGAUAUGUGUGAGAAUGGAGGGAAGAGACCAAACCCAGAGGUCAGUAUUGGCUUCACCAAAGAGCAAGCUGACACUAUACGGCGUAUCCGCAACAGUAAAGACAGCUGGGACAUGCUGGGAGUAAAGCCUGGGGCAACAAGAGAGGAAGUCAACAAGGCGUACAGGAAGCUUGCUGUGCUUCUGCACCCAGAUAAGUGUGUGGCACCGGGCAGCGAGGACGCCUUUAAAGCAGUGGUCAAUGCACGAACAUCCCUGCUGAAAAAUAUCAAGUAGUAUCCAAACAAACAUGAACAUAUUGGUUUAAAGAAAGUGUUUACGAAAAGAAAGGCUCUACGUUUGCAGUGUGAAAAUGAUGCCAUACGAUUCUGUUUUCAUCUAUGUGCCGCCAUAUCUGUGUUCAGUGACGUGUUUCAGUUAAGUCUUUUGUGUGUUAAACAUAUAUUUAAAAAUGUGUGAUCAGAUAUUUGGUUAUAUGAUAUGAUAUGAUAAAAUAUAAUACCUUCAUACUUAUAAUGAAUACAAUAAUUAACCUCAUCCGGUUCAUUUAGCUGAUAUAUAAUUUAUUUAACCUCUGAAUGUUUCAGGUAGCUCCUUAAGCAAGAAACUUUAAGGUACCAUUGUUUACAUUUAUUAUUUCUCCAUCUGAUUAUGGAUUGAUGUCUUUAUUUCCAGUAUGAACAAUUGAAUCAGCAUUACAUUGCUGCUAUUUCAUCUUGAGUUGUAAUUAAGGAUUUCACUUUGAAGAACACGCUGUACUCAAACAAGCACACUUUGAUAAAGAUAUUUGUGUAUCUGUGGCAGGAAUUAAAAUUUAGCAUAUAUAGGCAAUGAAAAAAAUAAAGGUUGUAUGCCCUCUGACAGAGUUUAGCCUUAAUCCAUUCUACAGUUGCCACAGCUGGUUAUCAUACCAGUCAUCUCAUCUGAGGGACACGAUUGGAUUGUCAUUUUGUGUCAUUUUGUGUCAUUUAGUCUCAGAAGGAAGCAGAGAUGUUAUUGCUGUGCAGAUUUAAAUUGUUUCAGUAUAAAUACAUAUUUUAAGACACUUUUAUCCUGGUACUGCUUAUUUAUUUAUUUAUUUUCUCAGACCCAGUGGCAUUUUAGUUGAUAGUCAGCAAUCAUCUGGCUUUUUUUUUUGUAUGAAAACACCUAAAUCUGCUUUGCUUGCACAGUGCAAUGUGGAAUGUUGCAUUUCAAAUCACAAGGGAAUUUAUAUAUAUAUUUAUGGGUUGUGUUUGCACUUAAAAAUCCUCUUGAGCUCUGUUUUCACUCAUGGGUAUACAUACUGUAUACCUACUACAGAUUCUGGUGCCAAGAAGUGUCACUGUCACUGACAGUCAUUGUAAUGUUUACAUAUGAAAUGACAGGUUUAUGAAACGUUACAUCAUUUUGUGUGUACAUUCAAAAAAUACUGGAUACUGCUUACUGGAACGUGUCUUUGCCUAUAUAAUACAAAUUGUGAAUUUUAUUCUCACAGAAAAAUAAUUAGGAAAUAUAAUUUGUUAUCGGUUUUCAUCCAUUUUGCCCUUCCCUUCUGCUGAGAGAAUUGAUUUUUUUAUUGACUAAUAGGUUCGGUAAGUUUGAUAAGCAUUAGUUUGUGUAAAUGCAGUUUGACACUAAGAAUGUGCAUGGUGUAGCUUUCAAUAAAGAUAUGAUUACAAAAGCA